AUGAUUAUAAGGAUGGUUUCGACACCGAACAUUCUUGGAGCUGAGGUCAUCUCAGAUGUUCAAAGAGCAUAUACAAUAAAGCUAGAGAAAAGAUAUGUCUUGAAAUUUACCAACGGGGAAGUCACACUCAAGGCCUUCAAAGAACUUUUCUUACUCGACAAGGAAAUUCUAUUCUAUGUGGUGAACUUCGAGUUUUUCCUUUACAAGAUGAGCCUGUUCAAGCAUUACAGGAUUGAGUUUGUAACAUAUCCGGAUGGUGUGAAGGAUGAAAGGAUUGAGAGAUACAAGAGUGUUGAGAAAGGAAUUUCUGGAGAAUGGAGCAGUAGAGGAGUCGACCUUUCAUUCACACCAGAUGUGUUUGCCUCCAUAAGCUCCUCUCUACUUAGCCCAGAGCUGUACUUAUCUGAGCUGAAUCUUAGUGGAGUGAUAUAUAAGACACUUGUUAAGAAGCUCGAAUAUAAAAAUUUGAAAAGGCAGGCCAGAGAAGUUAUAGAAACCCAUAUGAAUGCAGAAGAUGAGUUUGACGAAGAGUUUGAUAAACACUUGAAAAGUCUAGUGUUUACAGGAGUAGUAAAGAUGAAAGAUGGAUUGUUUUACAGAUGGAACUAG